AUGGCGGACGGAGCCCGCGCCCUGCUUGGCAGCCGCGGGGGCAGCCCGGCCUCCAGCCCCCAGCUGGGCGGCAGGAGCCGUUCGCAGCCGCCGCCGGCUCCGCUCAGCGCGCCCGGGCACGGCUUCCGCAGGGUGACCCUGACCAAGCCCACCUUCUGCCACUGCUGCACCGACUUCAUCUGGGGGCUGGCGGGCUACCAGUGCGAGGUUUGCAACUUUAUGUCUCAUGAAAAGUGCCUCAAGCAUGUGAAGAUACCAUGCUCGUGUAUUGCGUCAAGUCUCGUCAGGAUUCCAGUUGCACAUUGUUUUGGACCUCCGGGACAUUACAAAAGAAAGUUUUGCACCGUGUGCAGAAAGCAGUUAGAGUCCCUUGCAUUUCGAUGUGAAGUGUGUGAACUACACGUGCAUACAGAUUGUCUCCCGUUUGCUUGCAGCGAUUGUCGUCAGUGCCAUCAAGAUGGGCAUCAGGAUCAUGACACAUACCAUCAUCACUGGAGGGAGGGAAAUCUCUCGUCCAGUGCUCGCUGUGAGGUCUGCAAGAAAACCUGUGGCUCUUCGGAGGUGCUGUCUGGCAUGAGGUGUGAGUGGUGUGGCAUUCUGGCUCAUGCUUCAUGCUACAUUAUUGUACCACCAGAAUGUACUUUUGGAAGAUUAAGGAAUAUGAUUCUUCCGCCGAAUUGCGUGCGGUUAGUUUCUCGCAAUUUCAGCAAAAUGCACUGUUUUCGAAUAUCAGAGAGCCUGCAAACAGAACCAGAUGAAGAUGAGGAUGUUGAUGGCUUAACACAAGGGUCAGUGAAAGAUGCCCAAAUUUCAACAGAUUCAAGUAAACAAACAUUAAAGAUAUUUGAUGGGAAUGAUGCAGUAAAACGCAAUCAAUUUCGACUGAUUUCCGUUCCAAGGAUUGCAAAAAGUGAGGAGGUUGUGGAGGCAGCGCUGAGGGCAUACUACGUAAAUGGUGAUCAGCAGCACUAUGAGCUCCAGACAUUUUCUCAGCAGACCUUGUUUUCUGAUGACAUCAUCAACAGGAAUGAUGCCACUGAAGAAACCAACCCAGGUCCAGUGUUCAGAGAGGCGGUUCCCGAAGCUUGGAUCAUCAGAGCCAAAUCUAAGGAUCACGAAGUAAUAAGAAUUUAUCCCGGUUGGCUGAAAGUGGGAAUGGCAUAUAUCUCUCUACGAAUAGAUAAGGAAAGCACCACCCAGACAGUAAUUAAAGAAGUUCUCCGGCUAUUAGGACGGCAGACGGAAUGCCUCCAGAAUUUCAAACUUCUAGAAGUACUUAUGGCCAGUAAGCAAGUUCAGCGAAUGGUGCUGGAUGACCAGGAGAUGAUCCUUAGCAGACUUAGGGACAUAAGAAAGACUUCAAUACGUCAGAUGAAUCAGACAAGAUUUUACAUUGUAGAAAAUAAUAAAUCUGUCGUGCGGGUAAAUUUGUUUGUGGGUGGCUUGCCACCUCAGCUCUCUGCUGAAGAAUACACUAACAUCCUCAAGGAUGACUUAGCUAUCAAAACAAAUCUGCUUUCUUUGAGUCAUGUUUACUCAGUGCCAGGUGCUGUUGUACUUGAAAUGUCUUGUUUUUCUGAAGCUGAAAGAAUAUAUAUGCUAGCUAAAGAUACAACGGUCAAUGACAAACAGCUUACUGCCGCUGUGAUUCCUGAAGUUCUGCAUACCAAGCUACCACAGAACUGCUGUCCACUACUUGUGUUUGUGAAUCCCAAAAGUGGAGGUUUGAAAGGCCGAGAUCUACUCUACAGUUUUAGAAAACUGCUAAAUCCUCAUCAGGUCUUUGAACUCACUAAUGGAGGUCCACUGCCUGGAUUUCAUACAUUCUCUCAAGUUCCCUAUUUCCGAGUGCUGGUGUGCGGUGGUGACGGCACAGUUGGUUGGGUCCUUGGUGCGCUGGAGGAAAUCAGACACAUGCUCGUCUGUUCAGAGCCCUCUGUAGCCAUCUUACCUUUAGGAACAGGUAACGAUUUAGGGAGGGUGCUUCGCUGGGGAGCUGGCUAUAGUGGGGAAGAUCCCUACUCUAUUCUGAUAUCUGUAGAUGAAGCUGAUGAUGUACUUAUGGAUCGCUGGACCAUCCUUUUAGAUGCCCAGGAGGCUGUUGAAAGUGCAGAGAAUGGUAUUUUGGAACCUGAUCCUCCAAAGAUUGUACAAAUGAACAACUAUUGUGGCCUUGGAAUUGAUGCAGAAUUGAGCUUGGGCUUUCACCAUGCUAGAGAAGAAGAACCAGGCAAAUUUAAUAGCAGGUUUCACAACAAAGGAGUCUAUGUAAAAGUUGGACUGCAGAGGAUAAAUCACACCAGAAACCUUCACAAAGAGAUAAAACUUCAAGUGGACCAGCAUGAAGUUGAGUUACCAAGUAUCGAGGGACUCAUUUUCAUUAAUAUCCCCAGUUGGGGGUCUGGAGCUGAUCUCUGGGGAUCUGACCACGAUAAUCGAUUUGAGAAACCAAGAAUCGAUGAUGGCUUACUGGAAGUCGUGGGGGUGACCGGUGUUGUGCACAUGGGCCAAGUACAGAGCGGUCUGCGAUCAGGGAUCCGCAUAGCCCAAGGAGCUUACUUCCGUGUGACGCUUCUGAAACCAACGCCCGUUCAAGUAGACGGGGAGCCCUGGAUCCAGCCGCCAGGCCAGAUGAUCAUUUCGGUUGCAGGACCGAAGGUCCACAUGUUGAAAAAAUCCAAACAGAAGCAGAAAAAAACUGGAAGCUUGAAAGAGACAAGAACAGAUAGUGUAUCAAUCACUGAAGUGGGACAUUGA